CCGUCCCUCCCCUGCCCGCCGGGCGGCCGCCGGGGAAGGGGCCGAGCGGCGCCCCGGGAGCCCGCCCGGCCGGUCGGGGCAGCCGCGGUGGGGCCGCCUCCCGCCGGGCCCGCUGUGCGGGGCGCCGAGAGCGGGGGGAGCGGGGCCGGGCCCGCCCCCUCCCCCGGCUCAGGGUGGCAGCCGCGCCCGGCGAUGGGCAGGUGGGGUCUGAAAUCGGUGCCGCUGGUGCUCGUGGCGGGGGCCUCGCCCGCCUCCUUCGGUUUGGGUCUUGGCAACAAAACCGCUCGCUCUUCCUUCUCACGGUUACGUUCCCGUUACAUUAACUAGUUACGCUGGAGUGCGGUUUUGGAGGUGCAGGCGUCGGGAGACUGCGUUGGAGAUGCAGCGAGGUUUAUCUCCGCAGAAAGCCUCCUUGCUGGUGUCCUCUGCCCGGGUCUGACCGGGCAGGAUGGGUGAUGGUGCACAGCUGGGGGGUGACUGUCCCUGCCCGCUGCCUGGGGAUGCUGCCUCGACCUCCUCCAGCCGCUGCAAACCCCAGUUUCUCCCGCCAGCUCAUCCUCCCCCCCCAGAGCAGAUGAAAAGACGGUAUUUUGAAACUCAACUGAAGCUACCAGUUGGACAAAACAUACAAGUGUCUUCCAGCGGUCACUUCAGGAGCAGUAUUGCCAUUCAAGCUUCCAGUGAAGAGAUUUCUAUUCAAAUUUUACAUGGUCCAGGUUCUGUCUUCAUUUUGCUGACUCCCAUCGCAGAUUCCAAGGAGAGGAGGGGAACUGGAAUAUAAUCCUCAAGUGCCAGAGGAAAAGCCAGAUUAGCCAAUGAAAAUUACUGUUACUAAGCUGUGUGCUGCUCUCACUUACAUAUAGUGGGGAGAAAAAAUUGCUGCUGAUCCAGAGCUCAUAAAAUGACUUUUGCAGACUUUCCUCUUUGAACUUCAAAUAGGAUAAAACCCUUUAACUAGGGUUGAAUUAGGAAGUGGAAGUAUGACUUCCUGCUGGUGUCUUCUACCUUCCUUCCCCUCUGCAGGGUUUUUUGUUUGGGAUAGGGAAUCCUGAACAAAUUGUAUGGCAUCAGCCAAACUUACAGCUGAUGGUUAUGGAUGACAUAGGAGCUUCAGAUUUAUGUCUCUGCAGUGACACCCAAUUAAAGCAAAGGUUGAAAACUAAUGAUAAGCUGCUUUAUCAAAGCUUCUAGUAACAGUUACGGUCAUGCUCUUUCUGGGGUGAUGUUCCCUAGACGGCAUGAACAGAUCAGUGAUCUUUUUGGAUUGGAAACAGAAGUAAUAUGAGAAUGCCCAGAAGAGGCUUAGUAAUUCAAGCCAGAACUCGCUGGCUACUAGUGGGCCUUGCCUUACUAUUCAGUUUAGUCUUGCUCAUGUAUUUGCUCGAGUGUGCUCCACAAACAGAUAGUAAUGGAUCUCUACCUGGUGUUGUAGGUGAAAACAUGGGUAAAGAAUACUAUCAAGCUCUCUUGCAGGAACAAGAAGAGCAUUAUCAAAACCGAGCUACCAGUCUGAAACGUCAGAUUGCCCAGUUAAAGCAAGAGCUUCAGGAAAUGAGUGAUAAAUUGAAAUCCCUGCAGGAAAAGAAGAGCCCCAAGGUUAAUGGUAUGAACUACCAGGGCACCAAAGAACAAGCAUCCAAUGAUCUCUUAGAGUUUCUUCAUUCCCAGAUUGACAAAGCUGAGGUGAGCGUGGGGGCCAAACUGCCUAGUGAAUAUGGUGUCAUUCCUUUUGAAAGCUUUACCUCCAUGAAGGUGUUCCAGUUGGAGAUGGGGCUCACUCGGCAUCCAGAAGAGAAACCCGUUAGAAAGGAUAAACGAGAUGAAUUGGUGGAAGUUAUUGAGGCUGGUCUGGAAGUUAUCAAUAAUCCAGAUGAAGAAGAUGGACAAGAUGAAGAUGAUGGACUAGGAGAGAGACAGCUGUAUGGUGACAGUGAUUUCAUAGAAGGUUACUAUCGUACAGAAAGAGAUAAAGGGACACAGUAUGAGCUGUUUUAUAAGAAGAUGGAUGGCGUGGAAUACAGGCAUGUCACACUGUUCCGACCUUUUGGACCCCUCAUGAAAGUGAAGAGUGAAACGGUUGAUAUUUCUAGAUCAAUGGUUAACAUUAUUGUCCCUCUUGCUGGAAGAACUGAGGCAUUUGCACAAUUUAUGCAGAACUUUAGGGAUGUAUGUAUUCAUCAGGAUAAGCAUGUUCACCUCACAGUGGUAUAUUUUGGACAAGAUGGGCUGUCAGAAGUAAAAAGCAUCCUAGAAUCUGUAGCCAGAGAAACUAACUUCCACAAUUACACGCUUGUCUCUCUGAAUGAGGAGUUUAACCGAGGCCGGGGACUUGACAUGGGUGCCAGAGCCUGGGAAAAGGGCGAGGUUUUGAUGUUCUUCUGUGAUGUUGAUGUUUAUUUCACAGCAGAUUUCCUCAACAGUUGUCGUUUAAAUGCUGAGCCUGGGAAAAAGGUUUUUUAUCCUGUGGUAUUCAGCCUUUAUAAUCCUGCUAUUGUCUAUGCCAACCAAGAUAUACCACCCCCUGUGGAGCAACAAUUGGUACACAAGAAGGAUUCUGGAUUCUGGCGAGAUUUUGGCUUUGGGAUGACAUGUCAAUAUCAGACAGACUUUCUGACCGUUGGGGGUUUUGACUUGGAAGUGAAAGGCUGGGGUGGUGAGGAUGUUCACCUUUACAGAAAGUACUUGCAUGGUGAUCUUAUUGUGAUCAGGACACCAGUCCCUGGUCUCUUUCACCUCUGGCACGAGAAACAUUGUGCAGACGAACUGACUCCAGAGCAGUAUCGCAUGUGUAUCCAGUCCAAAGCCAUGAACGAGGCCUCUCACUCACACCUUGGGAUGCUGGUCUUCAGGGAGGAGAUCGAGACUCACCUCCGUAAGCAGGCUUACAGGACUAACAGUGAAGCAGUGGGUUAAAGGUCACCCCCCGGGAUGUUUGAUGACUUCAAAUUCACAAUGAACCAGCAUCAUUUUACAGCCUUAAUUCAGCUUAAAAAUGCAGUGCCUCUCUUUUUCAGUGAAGAAGAAUUAAGGGGGUUUGGUUCUUGUAUUUGUUUUCCAAGUAAUUUGCUGACUGAUGUGCUACUACCUACAUAUCUUGCAAGUUCAAGCACCUGGAAUAAAUUGGAAAGCAUAUGUAGUUCAAGGAAAGUGUCUUCAGUAUUGAUUGGAAAAAUCAGUGGUAUGUACAACUCAACGCUUUUCCACACGGUACAUUUCAAUUCUUAUAUUUGCAUUAUUUUAAGAAUUAAUUUAAAUAAUCCUUUGUGUUUUCUUGGGUAUUUCCUGUCUGUAUGGCUCACUGCAGUGACUUUAGAAGGAUACUUUACCUACACUCCACAGUAGAAUCAAUAGACAAGUGUGAAACAAUCUCAGAAUGAAAGGUGUUACGGAGGUGCUGACUGGCACACCAGCUGUUCAGGUUGCUGAUUUCACAGCAGGGGCUUUGUGCUGUUUUUGCUGUAUUAACAGACAUUCGUAUGGUUGAAUAUAGAAUUUGUGUGAGGUGGGGAGAAAUGAAAACCUUUUUCAGUGGAACUUCAGAGCAUAUAAUAUAGUUACACACUGCAAAAGAGACACCACCUUCUUCUCUUGAUGGAUCAGACAAGUUAGGAAUGUUCCAGUUGGGUGUUUCUGGGUCUGGUCUUUUCCCAAGUAGAUGCUGCAUCAGAGAAUCCCUUCUAUAAACUGAGCUAUACUAUUAAGCUUGUCUGCUAAAAGUUGUUUUUUUACCCACUCCUCUUUAUUUAAAGGCCCUGCCAGUACAUCUUGUUCUUUAAGUUGAGGAAUCAUCUUUUUAUUUCCAUAUACAUUUAUUAGAGGCCCAUUUGCUAUUACACCAUUAUUGUCCUUUAGCUUUCUUUUUGGCAUUUUCCUGACCUGUUGUUGGAAGGCAGUCUCAUGUUCUUAGCUGUUUCAGUGACUGAAAAAGCAAGUGCUGCUGCUACUUCACACAAUGCACUUCAUUCCACUAUUUAUCCUUAAAUAGCCUUAUUCUUUUUCAGUUGGAGGGCAUUUUUGUUUUGUUUUCCUCUGGGUUUUUGUGUUUUGUUAUUUUUUUUCCUAAAGCAUGCAUAAGCAGAAUUAUGCUGAUGUCUCAUUAGUGCCUUGUACAAUGGCACUAUAUCUUCGCUAAUUCCCUUUUGGGUAUUUUGGGAUGCAUAAACAGCUUAAAUGCAGGCAGGUUGUUUUUUUCCAUGUUGUCUUAUAUGCUACCUUAUGGCAUGCCUCAUUUUUAAUACAUUUGUUUAUAGAAUGAAUACUGAGAAUGCUAAUUGAGUGGUUAAAUUAUUUGCAUGGUCUCUAUUGAAUUCAAACAUUAGUUGAAAACCCUUCUCAAACCAGGUAAUCAAGAUCUGUUUAUUAAUUCAAUUUGCUUCAAUAAUUCUGAAGGCAACUAAAUAUUUAAAUGGUUGAUUUCUGAAUAGCAGACGUGCUGUGCAGAUAGUUCUGGGCACUGAUCCUUUUUAUAUGUACAUAAAAUUUGCCUUUAUGUAACUUAUUGUGGAGAACAGUGUACUGUAUUGUACUUAGAGUGAAGAGAAUGCAUUGCAAAACAUCUUGCAAUUAAUGUUCUCAAUAUAAUAAAUUAAAUUUCUGCAUUUUA